AUGUCAUCUGCUAACGUCUUAUUUGCCGACUCUGAGGCACCAAUUGCAUUCUUAGAUGCAAAGAAAUACUUUGAACAAUUGCCUAGCAUUAAGGAAAAGCUCUAUGCUCACUAUCUUUCCAGAGCUUCGUUCUUUGGUACUAGAGCUAUUUUGAGAUCGAUUUCUAAGGAAAGUGAAACUAUUUACGAUCUAAUCCUCGCAAUUUACUCUCAAUUGGGCUCUCCAUCUACGAACGACGAAUACGUCGUUGCAUUGAAGGGAAAGGGUGUCUCUGAAGAAGAUGUCACCAAGUACUUGGAGUAUUCCUCCGCAUUUAUUUCGAACUUGGGUAACUACAAAUCAUUUGGUGACAAGAAAUUCAUUCCCGCUUUAUCAAUUGAAAAAUUUGACAGUUUGAUCAAGGCAAUUGAUGAUGCUAAGAUCUCUGACUUAUAUAAACAAGUGAGAGAAGACAUCUUUAACGUUGACGGUGCUUUAUUGUUAGGGUGGCCAGAAGGUGGCCAUAUUAGUAACUACUACCCAGAUAGUAAAGUGACUAUCACCAAAAGGGAUGUUGAAAUUAUUAAUGAAGCCUUAGCUUCGAGAGGUAUUAUGCCAGAAAAUACCAGAAUCACCAAGACUGCUGAAGGUGACUUCACGGUUUUGGUUGCAAGUGCUAACACUUCAAACUCAACUUCUAUUUAUCCACAAGAGCCUAUAGAAGUCUCUAAGGACGGGGCCAAGCUCAGAAUCACCAUUAAAUUUGGUGAUCAUUCUAAAGAAUUCAAGGAAAUUGUUGCUAAUUUGAAAGAAGCUUUGAAGUAUGUUGCCAAUGAUACUCAACAGAAGUUGAUUUCCAAGUAUAUCGAGGCCUUUGAAACCGGAUCCAUGAAUGCUCACAAAGAGUCUCAAAUUGAGUGGGUUAAAGAUUUAAAUCCGUUAGUCGAAUCAAACAUUGGGUUUAUCGAAACCUACAGAGAACCAUCUGGUGUCAGAGGAGAAUGGGAAGGUAUGGUUGCUAUGGUCAAUCAAGAGCAGACCGCCAAAUUCGGAAGAUUAGUAGCCGCAGCUGAAUCUUUGAUCCCUUACUUGCCAUGGGACAGAUUAUAUGAAAAGGAUAAAUUCACUCCUCCUGAUUUCACAUCCUUGGAAGUUUUAUCAUUCGCCACCUCUGGACUCCCAGCUGGUAUUAAUAUUCCUAACUAUGAUGAUGUUAGGUUAAACUACGGUUUUAAGAAUGUUUCUCUUGGUAAUGUUAUGUUGGCAAAUCCAAAGAACCCAAGAAAGGAAGAGGUCAUCACAUUCAUCAGUCACGAUUUGGGUGUAAAGUUCAAGAAAUAUAGAGAUGAAGCGUUUGAAGUUCAGGUUGGAUUGCAUGAAUUGUUGGGCCAUGGAACUGGUAAACUUUUGCAAGAAACUGCUCCAGGGAUAUUCAACUUUGACAAGGAAAGUCACCCAGAAGUUAAAACUUGGUACAGUCCAACUGAAACCUGGGGCUCUUUGUUCGGGUCUGUUGCAGGUUCAUUCGAAGAAUGUAGGGCUGAAUUGGUUGCACUUUAUCUUAUUUUGAAGCAUCCUAAGGAAGUCUUGCCAAUUUUCGAUAUUAAAACAGACGAAGAGCAAAAAGACAUUGUAUUGAUCGCCACUGUACUCAUGUGUCGUGCAGGUCUUAUUGCAUUGGAAUUUUGGGACCCAUCCUCCAAGAAAUGGGGUCAAGCCCACAUGCAAGGGAGAUUUGGAAUUUUCCAGACUCUCUUAGAGUCCGGAGCUUGUACCAUUGUCGAAGGGGAAGAUAAAGAUUUCAAUGACUUACAAUUAACUUUUGACGAGAGCAAAUUUGAUCAAGCUGGUGAUAAGUUAGGUGAAUUCUUACAUAACCUUCAGAUGUUCAAGUGUUCAGCAGAUUUCAAGAAUGGGGAAGCCUACUACCUUGGCAAGACCGAUGUCAACGAAUACUUUGCUAAGUUUAGAGACGCAGUCAUUAGGAAAAAGUUGCCAAGAAAGCAAAUAAUUCAAGCCAACACUUUUUACAAUGGUAAUGAAGUCGAAGUUAAAGAGUACCAAGAAAGUGAAGCUGGAUUGAUUCAGAGUUAUGCCGAGAGAUUAGUAUGA